AUGCAAGGCGAAGGCUGAAUUUGUAGAUGGACGAAAUCUUUCCAUUUGGCUGCAUACUCCAAGGUCGUUUGAACUCAGUUUACUUACUUUCUUACCCACAGAAGCAAUAUGCUACAAGGUAUAAGAAUUAAUGCAGGCGGCCUCAUAUUCUGCCUUGUUCUUCUAUACAUUCAAGAAACGCAUUCAUGGACGGUUCAGCACAAUGACAGUGUAUGCAUGGUUAUGACCUUCAAUGUCAGUAUAUUAUUCAACGAAGAUGGAUUUGACAAACCGACAUUCAUUCCACUGCACGCCGUGAGCGACGGCUCAAUAUGUGGGUCAUCAUUCUCUGUCUUCCACCUCGAAUACGAUCUCGAAGAUGACCACGAAGCAACCUUGUCGUUUGGAUUCAACAAUACGAAAUCAGAAUGGAUGAUGACGAAAAUUGAAACGGAACUCUUUAACAAAAAUACUUCAAAUAGCUACGUACAUUCUACAAAGGCUGGGUAUGAAGAGUUCCAUACACCUCUGGGUCACUAUGUGCGUUGUGAGUCCCAUAUUCUGAUCGAAGACGUUUCGCUGACCUUCGAAAACAUUGAAAUAAUGCAACCAUUUGCGACCAGCGAAGACCCGGGUGAUGACCACGAGUGCGAGGCGGAUGAUGAACCCCAUGAUUCCAACACUGGACUCAUAGUAGGUUGCGUUCUCGCCGGAAGUGCGGUGGCUUUCGUUUCCUGCUGUGUCUGGAGCCGCAUGCGCAGAAGACGACACGACAGAUACCGUCGUUCGCGAAGCUACGUCAGAUAGAAGAAUGUAUAUGGAUGCAGUCACACCGGCGAGCCGGAGUCCAGGGGUCCGUUGCAGAAAGAGUUGCGUUUAAACGCAAGCCAAAAAAUCAAUCGCAGGUCCCAAAUGCGCGCUGUUGAUUGGUUGAAAAUCAAGUUGCGCAUGAUUUUUAGAGUUGCGUUUGAUUGCAACUCUUUCUGCAACGGGCCCCAGACCUACAACAGUUAUUGUGGUAUUGAAAACAGCAGACAUCUGUCGGUUUGGAGUCUGUCUCGUUGGUGUGACUGUAACAAAAAAGGGACACGAAAUGAAACAAAUUCGCGCUGCGCACGAGCCUCCUUUUGAUACCUUGCGCCAUUCGAUGAAUGAUUUGAUGUAAUAUGAGGUACUUACGCCACAUAACUAUAAUUGAAAGGUCCCUAAUAUCUGUAAUUGUUUUGCGUCAGUCAAAACAGGGCUCGUGCGAAUAUUAAUGAAACCGAAAGUUAGCCUUUCACUUGAAACAGGGGCCGCGGAAGCGGGGGGGGGGGGGGUGGGUGGGGGGCUUCAGCCCCCCACUUUUUUCCCAAACCAUAUGCAAAAACGUAAAAAUUACAUUAUGAUUGUGAUUUUUUGCAUGGUCAGCCCCCCCCCACACACUUUUAAAACCGUUCCGCGGCCCCUGUGAAAUACUUUCAUGCCGGUCUAUGCUUAUUGAAAUACUAUUCUAGACAUUUUUAUGAAAUCAUUAUCAUCACUAAAUUUUCUCGAAAUCCCUGAAUCAUGUUGAUAGAUGAACACAGAUCGAUGGAAACUAUCUUACAGUAAACUGUCGGCCUUGGUGUCUGUACUGCGCUCUGGUUUAUAAUUCAAUAUUAAAUCCUGGUACUUGACAUCUAGUCAUUCAACAGAAAACAGCAAAAUAAGUAACAAUUAAACAACUACUCCGGUGAUUCAUUGUAUGAAUGUUCCUAAAGAAGUAGGAUAUGAUUUGUUUUUGUUAUAUAAUGAGUAUCUUUACGAUUUUCAUUUCACUAUCUAUGCAGAGUUGUUGUGAUCAGUAAAUAAGUCCUAACUAUUCAAUAUCUUUAAAUACCAGAAAAUGUUAUCUUGAUUAUCUACCAAAACAUUAAAAAUUACAUCAUAUCGAAGAGGGAAAAAAACAAAGUCACCUUAUACCAUGUUAUACUAUCAAUUCUUUGAAAAAAAUUCAAUGAAAACAAUCCAGUUGGUGCUAGAGGUGGGGAGGGGGCAAGAAAGGGGCGUCGAUCCAAUUUUGGGAUUUGGGGGCAAACGUGAAAAAUGUCUCAUAUAAUUAUAAUCCAAAUUUUGGACGCGAAGCAUACCCCAAAAUUAGCAACAGUUUAUAUUUGACAGUAUUUGUAAGCCAACUUAAGUUUACCUUUUUAUAGUGAUUUCCAAUGCCAUUUAAAACAUAUUUUUGCAUUGAAAAUAAUGCAUUUUUCGAGUUGUCAAAGUGAUUUUCGUGGGAGUAUCGCCCUUUGACCCCCAUGAGGAUCGACGCCCCAGGAGCAGGAGUGAAGAGGUAUGGGUCGUGGACUUUGCACUAUCCCUCUACCUUAAGGUCUUCUUACCUUCCUAAAAAAGUAUGAUACCGCCCCUGAAAUCAAGCACCUAAUGUACAACUGCAGUUAAUAUUAAGAACAUGAAUUGAAACAAAAGGACCCUGUACUGCAAUAUCGCUGAUCAGUUUGUCAUUUAUGUUGUACAAAUAAAGCUCAUUUUUAUCUUGUU